AAGGAGAAACCCUGGAAGAAGGCGUUCCUUGUGUUGCCAGGAGUGCAACCCCUGCUGGAAAGAGCGACCUUAAGGCCAGCAAGAUGGCAGGAGCAUCUGUGAAAGUGGCGGUGCGAGUGCGUCCGUUCAACUCCCGUGAGAUGGGACGGGAUUCCAAAUGCAUCAUCCAGAUGACAGGAAACACCACCACCAUCGUUAACCCAAAGCAGCCCAAAGAGACGCCCAAAAGCUUCAGCUUUGACUAUUCCUAUUGGUCUCACACCACGCCCGAAGACAUCAAUUAUGCAUCUCAGAAGCAGGUGUACCAGGACAUCGGGGAGGAAAUGUUGCAGCAUGCCUUCGAGGGCUAUAACGUGUGUAUCUUUGCCUAUGGGCAGACAGGUGCUGGCAAAUCCUACACCAUGAUGGGGAGGCAGGAGAAGGAUCAGCAAGGCAUCAUCCCACAGCUGUGUGAGGACCUCUUCUCCCGAAUCAACGACACCACGAAUGACAACAUGUCCUAUUCUGUGGAGGUGAGCUACAUGGAGAUAUAUUGUGAGCGUGUGCGGGACCUGCUGAAUCCCAAGAAUAAGGGGAACCUGAGGGUAAGGGAGCACCCCCUCCUGGGUCCCUAUGUAGAGGACCUCUCCAAGCUGGCUGUCACUUCCUACAAUGACAUCCAGGACCUGAUGGACUCUGGGAAUAAAGCCAGGACAGUCGCUGCCACAAACAUGAACGAAACCAGCAGCCGAUCGCACGCUGUCUUCAACAUCAUCUUCACCCAGAAACGACACGAUGCAGAAACCGACGUCACCACCGAGAAGGUCAGCAAAAUCAGCCUGGUCGACCUGGCUGGGAGUGAACGGGCCGACUCUACAGGGGCCAAGGGCACAAGGCUAAAGGAGGGAGCGAACAUCAACAAGUCUCUGACCACACUGGGGAAGGUCAUCUCUGCACUGGCUGAAAUGGAUUCGGGGCCCAAUAAGAACAAAAAGAAGAAAAAGACAGACUUCAUCCCGUACCGGGACUCCGUGCUGACCUGGCUCCUCCGGGAAAACCUGGGUGGUAAUUCCAGGACUGCUAUGGUUGCUGCUCUCAGCCCUGCUGAUAUCAACUACGAUGAGACCCUCAGUACUUUAAGGUAUGCUGACCGUGCCAAACAGAUCAGAUGCAACGCUGUCAUUAAUGAGGAUCCUAACAAUAAGCUGAUCAGGGAGCUGAAGGAUGAGGUGGCUCGUCUGAGAGAUCUGCUCUAUGCCCAGGGUCUUGGAGACAUCAUUGACAUGACCAAUGCCUUAGUGGGGAUGAGCCCGUCCUCCUCGCUGUCAGCCUUGUCCAGCCGAGCUGCCUCUGUCUCCAGCCUCCAUGAACGGAUCAUGUUUGCUCCAGGCAGUGAAGAGGCCAUUGAGAGGCUGAAGGAAACAGAGAAGAUCAUUGCUGAGUUGAAUGAGACCUGGGAAGAAAAGUUGCGGAGGACAGAAGCAAUCCGCAUGGAGAGGGAAGCUUUGCUGGCAGAAAUGGGCGUGGCCAUGAGAGAAGAUGGAGGCACCCUGGGUGUGUUCUCUCCUAAAAAGACACCUCACCUGGUCAAUCUCAAUGAGGACCCUCUGAUGUCUGAAUGCCUUCUGUACUACAUUAAGGAUGGGAUAACCAGGGUCGGCCGAGAGGACGCAGAGAGGAGGCAGGACAUCGUGUUGAGCGGACACUUCAUUAAGGAAGAGCACUGCAUUUUCCGCAGCAACACCAAGGCUGGUGGCGAAGUAGUGGUGACACUAGAACCUUGCGAAGGGGCCGACACCUACGUCAAUGGCAAAAAAGUGAUGGAACCCAGUGUCCUGCGAUCCGGAAACCGAAUCAUCAUGGGGAAGAGCCAUGUGUUCCGAUUCAACCACCCUGAACAGGCUCGCCAGGAACGGGAGCGGACCCCAUGUGCAGAGACCCCCGCAGAGCCAGUAGACUGGGCCUUCGCACAGCGAGAGCUGCUGGAGAAACAAGGCAUUGACAUGAAGCAGGAGAUGGAGCAGAGGCUUCAGGAACUGGAGGACCAAUACCGCAAAGAGAGAGAAGAGGCCAACUAUCUUCUUGAGCAGCAGAGGCUGGACUAUGAGAGUAAACUGGAGGCUUUACAGAAGCAGAUGGACUCCAGGUAUUAUCCUGAGGCCAAUGAGGAAGAGGAAGAGCCUGAAGAUGAAGUACAGUGGACUGAGCGGGAGUUUGAGCUGGCCCUCUGGGCCUUCAGGAAGUGGAAAUGGUACCAAUUCACGUCUCUCCGGGACCUUCUGUGGGGCAAUGCAAUUUUCUUAAAGGAGGCCAAUGCCAUUAGCGUGGAGCUGAAGAAGAAAGUCCAGUUCCAGUUCGUCCUCCUCACAGACACUCUUUACUCCCCUCUGCCUCCCGACCUGCUGCCCCCCAAUGCUGCCAAAGACCGAGAGAAACGGCCCUUCCCACGAACCAUUGUGGCUGUGGAGGUGCAGGACCAGAAGAAUGGAGCAACACAUUACUGGACUCUGGAGAAACUCAGACAGCGACUGGACCUGAUGCGUGAAAUGUACGACAGGGCAGCAGAAGUGCCUUCUAGCAUCCUUGAGGACUGUGACAACGUCGUGACUGGUGGAGAUCCUUUCUACGACCGCUUCCCCUGGUUCAGACUGGUUGGCAGUUCAGAUAUCUCUGGCUGCAACAGCUCUCCUCUUUUCAACACAUGCAUGAGCGAGCGCAUGGCUGAUCUCACCCCCUCCCCCACCUUCUCGAACCCCGACUCCGACAUCACCGAGCCUGCUGACGAGCAGCACGUGGGGAAGGAGGAGGAGGAGGAGGAGGAGGACCUGGAGGAAGACAUCUUUCCGGAGUACCCGCUGUAUGAUGGCCGGGAUCCAUUUUACGACCGCUCCCCCCUGUUCAGUUUAGUAGGAAGGGCAUUCGUGUAUCUCAGCAACUUGCUGUACCCAGUGCCGCUAGUGCACCGUGUUGCCAUCGUCAGCGAGAAGGGCGAGGUGAAAGGCUUCCUGCGCGUGGCAGUCCAGGCCAUCUCAGCGGAUGAAGAAGCCCCGGAUUAUGGUUCAGGAGUACGGCAGUCAGGGACAGCCAAAAUAUCCUUUGAUGAUCAGCACUUUGAGAAGUUCCAGUCUGAGGCCUGUCCCAUGGCGGGGAUGUCUCGUUCAGGGACCUCGCAGGAGGAACUGCGGAUUGUUGAAGGCCAGGGGCAGAUAACUGACAUCGGACCUUCUGCAGAUGAAGUCAACAACAACACCUGUGCAGUGACUCCAGAUGAUCUCCUCCUCGACAGUCCAGAGAAAGUUGCUCUAGAUGACCCAUUGGAAGCAGUUCUGGACCAUCUGACACUGGGCAGCAUCUUCACCUUCCGAGUGACAGUUCUGCAAGCCUCCAGCAUCUCUGCAGAAUAUGCAGAUAUCUUCUGCCAGUUUAACUUUAUCCAUCGUCACGAUGAGGCCUUUUCAACGGAGCCCUUGAAGAACACAGGACGAGGACCACCUCUAGGGUUCUAUCAUGUCCAGAACAUUGCGGUGGAGGUGACCAAGUCAUUCAUUGAGUACAUCAAGAGCCAACCGAUUGUGUUUGAGGUGUUUGGGCAUUAUCAGCAACAUCCCUUCCCUCCUCUCUGCAAGGACGUGCUCAGGUCAGUGUGUAAGUCCAGCUCACACUUCAGCAGCUUCUCCUUUCCUCUUUGUAAGUCUUAUUUUCUGCCCGCCGUAGUGCCAGCGACGAAGCUGAGCACCCUGGCGCGCCCCAGCGCCGGGCCCUGCCAGUGCAAAUACGAUCUGAUGGUCUUCUUUGAGAUCUGCGAGCUGGAGGCCAAUGGCGAUUACAUUCCUGCCGUCGUUGAUCACCGUGGAGGGAUGCCGUGCCUCGGAACCUUCCUGCUCCACCAGGGAAUCCAGAGGAGGAUCACCGUGACGUUAGUGCAUGAAAACAGCAGCCUUGUCCGCUGGAAAGAAGUGCGAGAGCUGGUUGUAGGUCGGAUCCGAAACACCCCAGAAGGGGAUGAGUCUCUGAUUGACCCCAACAUCUUGUCUCUGAACAUCCUGUCGUCUGGAUAUGUCAACCCCUCCCAGGAUGAUCGGCAGUUUCUUGAUUCGGAUAUGCCUAGAACGUUUUACCAGUUUGAAGCAGCGUGGGACAGCUCCAUGCAUAACUCCCUGCUGUUGAACCGAGUCACCCCUUACAGAGAGAAAAUCUUCAUUACCCUGUCUGCUUACAUUGAGAUGGAGAACUGCACCCAGCCAGCUGUGAUCACCAAAGAUUUCUGCAUGGUCUUCUACUCCAGAGAUGCCAAACUUCCAGCAUCUCGCUCCAUCCGCAAUCUCUUUGGCAGCGGGAGCCUGCGAGCCUCGGAGAGUAACCGUGUGACUGGGGUGUAUGAGCUCAGCCUUUGCCGUGUGGCUGAUGCCGGCAGUCCAGGUAUGCAGAGACGACGCAGGCGUGUGCUGGACACCUCUGUUGCAUAUGUGCGGGGUGAGGAGAACCUGGCUGGGUGGAGACCUCGAAGUGACAGCCUCAUCCUGGAUCAUCAGUGGGAACUGGAGAAACUCAGCCUCCUACAAGAGGUUGAGAAGACGAGGCAUUACCUGCUCCUACGCGAGAAACUGGAGACAACUCAAAGAUCAGGCCUGGAGUCCCUGUCCCCAUGUUCCAGUGAGGAUUCCGACUCCCAUAGCACUUCCUGUGUCUCCUCUCCACUCUCGGCAGAUGGUGCCUCAGAGGGCAGGAGCUCGCCCUUGGAGACCCCCAGCGAGAGGCAGAAGGAGCUUGCCGUCAAGUGCUUGCGUCUCCUCACACAUACAUUUAACAGAGAGUACAGUCACAGCCAUGUCUGUAUCAGCGCCAGCGAGAGCAAGCUGUCAGAAAUGUCUGUGACCCUGCUGAGAGACCCCUCCAUGCCAGCUCUUGGUGUCACCACCCUGACUCCCUCUUCCACCUGUCCAUCACUGCUAGAAGGACGGUAUAAUGCCACUGAGGUCAGAACCUCCCAUCUCUCUUCCAGGGCAGAAAGCCCUGAGCCAGAACCUGUAGUGGAGGGAGAACAGAAGAAAUCUCCUACACAUGGGCCUGAAGAUGAGAAAGAGACCCAGCGCUUACUGGUCCCCGAUAUUCAGGAGAUCCGGGUGAGUCCCAUUGUCUCAAAGAAAGGCUACCUGCACUUCCUCGAGCCUCACACCAAUGGCUGGGUGAAGCGCUAUGUGGUGGUGAGGCGCCCCUAUGUCUACAUCUACAACACGGACAAGGAUUCUGUGGAGAGAGCCAUCCUCAACCUCUCCUCCGCUCAGGUGGAGUACAGUGAGGACCAGCAGGCCAUGCUCAAGACCCCCAACACGUUUGCAGUAUGCACGGAGCAUCGUGGAAUCCUGCUGCAGGCAAGCAGUGACAAGGAUAUGCACGACUGGCUGUAUGCAUUUAACCCUCUGCUAGCUGGAUCCAUAAGAUCCAAGCUGUCCAGAAGGAGAACAGCCCAGAUGAGAAUCUAACCUAAAACCAUUCUCCACCUCAUCUGUCUGCCAGCAGGAUCAAGAUUGCUGGUUCUAUACAAGAGUCCCUAUCUUAACGUCAAAUCUUUCAUGCCAUCCACCACCCCAGCUGCCUGCUCCACAAAUGGAUCCAUCUCGAUUUACACCUUCACUGGGAAAAUGCAUUUCUGUUGUAUCUGCAAAAGCCUGGUACAGCCUGGUCAUGAUUUCUUGUGUGCAUGUGAUCUUCUGCCCAUCUUCUGCCCAUUGAGUGACCUUGGUGUCACAUGACCUGUAACUCUCAAAAGCGGGAGUUGUGUUUCUUAUUUUAAAGCAAGGCUUCAAUUUAAGGAGGCAGGAGCGUUUGAAAGGUCAGAGAUUACAAGUCAUGAGGAAUUGCUUCCAUGUGAAGAGAAAGUGAUAGGUUUAAGUACUGAUACUUCUUAACUUAUUGAUGUUUUAAAAAAAGAUAGAUUAAGUUAUGGUAGUUUGAGAUUAUAUUUAUAAAGUAUUUAUUUCUAUUUACUUCACUGCAAUCUGUACAUUGAGUUUAUCCCGUUUUAUUGCUCAUGUCUGCAUACAUAAAGCCUCCUCAAGGGAAGGCAGGGCCUUGGACGGUGGGCCAGUGGGGAAGGGGUUGUCAGGCCAUUUUGUGAUGCCAUUUUUGUCUUCUUUCUCUAUCCCAGCACUGGGAGGUCUGGAUGGAUUCAGGAGGUCAUGCUCCCACCUCUGUGCAAACACAUACACACUGACUUCAGAACUCUCACCCUCCUACCCUACCCCAUCUCCUUAGCCUUGACUCCAGAGCUCAAACCACUUUUCCUCCACGUGGUGACUGGAUAGUGCACUGUGCCCUCCCAAACGAGGCAAUCCACACAUAGCACAGCAAAGACAUGCACACGGACAAGUCACCGCACUUAUCAAAGCACUUUGUGUGUGUGUGUACAUGUGUGUAUAUCCCAUCCCCUCCAUUUUCCCAAGUGCUUGAAACCCAACAAUGUAGGGUUCAGUGACUAGACAGGUAGAAUGCAAUGAUGACAGGUUCUGGUUGGUUCUACCCUCUAUUCUGUCUGUUUUCAGGGCCCAACUUCAAAUGGGGUGAAAGGGAUGGAAAGGGGAUCUGAAGUUCUGGAAGGGCAGAUGGUUCUGCCAGUUCACUUUUGGGGUGGGGUGCUGUUUGAAUGCUCCAAAUGAGUACAAUGCAGCCUGCCUCUCAAUAUCCUCAGUCACCUUCUAAUACAGGGGUCGGCAACCUUU